AUGCCAGAGCGGUACUCUCGUCACAUGAAGAUCCUGACCAAACUCAAGCAGAUCCGCCAGGUGCAAGUAUCUCGAAGUAUUGGCAACAGCUACGUCAUUGAUGUGUACACUGCGUCGCAGUCCACAACUCGCAUCCCUACGACGAUAAAGCAUGUUAACAGCGACUCAAAAGGAAGGCAAGUAACUGCACUUUUCAGCCGACCUGAGGUCCACGUGGCAAAGCAAUUUGCUGAUUUUGUGAAGUUGCGAGACGAGCUAUACGAGGCCUGUCAUACCGGACCCCACCUGUACAUGAACUGCAGAUUCUGCAGUGAAGUGACCCGCUAUUUGCUCUUUGGAGCCCGAUUUAUUGAGUCUUUACUACAGCUUGCUGUUGCGUGUCCUGUAAUCGACUUGGAAGCUUGUCCGUGUCAAGAAAAGCUACCGCGACAGCUAUACAACUUUCUCUUAUCAUGUUGA